UUCUAUAUCUAUGGUGGCGUAUUUAUGAGUCUGUGGUGCACCUCCAUUAAUAUUCAUGCGGCGGGAAGUCUGAUAGGGAUUCCUGGUACGUCUCCAAGCAACCAAAACCUGACGCAGCCUUCCCGCCCCUCCUCCGGUAGUUCUAUGCUCAAAAACAAGUGGACCGCGGAGAUGUUGGGUUAAACUAUCAGGGAGGCGCGGAGAGCGAGGAAGCGUUCUUGUGGUGGUCUUCACUGAUGUGGCUGCUCGGAUUCAGGGUGGCUGACUACAAAUUGGACUGCAGCAGCUGAAUUUUCACAAGAUUAAUGAUGGACACACCCUCAGCUCCUCAGAUCAAAGUGGACAGGGCUUGUGACCUAGAGGAAGUGGAAUUUGGGGAAGAUGUGGAUUUGCCUUCAGAUGACCAUCUCAUGAACUUGAAGGCCUUGACAGAGAAAUUAAGACUGGAGACCAGGAGACCCUCCUACCUGGAAUGGAAAGCCCGGCUUGAGGUGGAAAGCUUCAGGGAGCCAGGAACUGGAAAAGACCCGAUCCAAGUUGAGCCUGAAGGAAAAGUGUUCAAACCCAGCAAGACUGCAGAGAACUCUGAUGUGUUUCAGUGCAAGUUGCCAUCAGGUCCACUGAAAGGAUUUGGGAACAUCGAUGAAGCUCUCAGUUGGCUGAGGAGAGAACUGACAGACAUGCGCUUGCAGGACCAGCAGCUGGCCAGGCAGCUCAUGCGACUCCGAAGUGACAUCAACAAGCUGAAGAUAGAGCAGACGUGCCACCUGCAUCGCAGGAUGCUCAAUGAUGCUACCUUUGGCCUCGAGGAGCGGGACGAGCUGUCGGACCUGCUGUGUGAAUGUCCAGUCACGCCGGGGCUCGGCCUCUCGGCCCCACUGAGGCUCAUCGGCGUCACCAAGAUGAACAUUAACUCUCGCCGUUUCUCGCUCUGCUAGUGGCAGCAAUAGCUCUUCAGGAAGAAAAUCCUGAAAAUAGCACAGUCUGUCUAAUACUAUCUUCGCUCCAGUGCAUGCCAGCCAUGGGCAUCUGUUGAAUAGUGGUGAAAUCCUUUGUGCAUUUAGGGCUUGACCACAAAGUUGUGAGGAUGAACCUCAAUGUAAAGCUCUGUUUUACAGUCCCUCUAAUGAAAGGCAGAGAUUUAGGUAAUGUAUAUUAUUUAGAAAGAUGAAUUUGAGUGUAGUCGGUACAUAUAAAUGGUUUUUGCCACUAAACUAUACAUGGCAGCUAUAUACAGAAACCUUUCUGUUUUAAAACCACAGCAGAUUUUAGACCUGUAGGCCAUUGUGACUUGAAACAGAGAACUCGCAGUUUUUAAAAUAACCUAAGCAUCCUCAAGCUGUUUCCUGGGUCCUUUGUGGUUUCCAUCUAAAAGUACAGACUAAAUAUUUGAAUAUAUUUUUACUGCAUCAUAGAUAAUGCGUUCGGUGACAGUCAGGAUUUUCAUUUGUUCCCUGUAUUGGAUCUUGAUAUAAAUGUUUUGCUUUUAAAGAGAUGCCUUAAUCUUGAUACAAGUUGCACACUGUACUCCAUGCAUCUCUUAAUUGGUGAGUAGCAGUAUAAUUUUAUCAAGCAUUACUUUUUGCAGACUAUGAUGGAAAUAAUUGCAGUCGUUGUUCUUCAAGUCUGCUGAAGUUUGCAUCUAGGUUAGAGCUUUGCCCUUUUUCUGCUCCAAUUGUGAUCUGAGAGCAACCAUUUGAGAUGCCAUUGUCUGUUUUAAACAAAAAUAUGGUUUAGUUUCAAGGAUAAACAUUGAAUUAUCAUUCAUUUAGAUCUCUGCAUCGACCAAAUGACAUGAAGAUGUGAACCUUGUUAUGAUGGAAUAUAUCAUUACAGGUAACCUUUCCUUACUUAUUUUCUUUUGGAUUGUGGGGGUUUGGGAUUUGAAAUGUGAGCAUAUGAAAUUUGAGUCAAGUAUAGUCCCAAUGCAGAGACCAUACAACAGGAAAACGGGAGUUUCAGGGUUUAAGAUGCCCCUCCUUGUGGCCCAGAUAUACUAUAAUACAAUCUGAACAUAAUCACAUUUUUAUAGCUCUCUCUCACGCACAAAAUGUCUAAUCUGUUUUCCAUAACGGAGCAAAUUACCUCUAAUGACAACCACUGAAAAGACAAGGUUAAUAUCGGGGUCUACUACUGCACAGACUGUUCCAACGUUAUAUGAUUAGCUGUACAAACAGAGCACCUAGCCAUUGUCUCAGUUCGCAGUGUCCCAUGAACAGUGAGGCACCUACUAAGAAAACAAUGCUAUGCUAACUUGAUCUUGUGUUACUAAGCCUAUAAUUGACUGGAACAUACAGUACUUUGAAUCCAGUUUGGUAAAAUGUAAUACCUUAAAUGGGUUAUUGUUAGUGCUAGUAGUAUGUUUUCACAGAUGUACCGGUAAUAAAUAAUCUAUCAAGAAGA